AUGAGUUUGCUUUCACCGAAUUAUGUGGCUCAGGAGGUUACCACAAACGACAUAGCCAUCGCAUCCUUGGCUUUCGGCUUCACGAUAGGGUUUGGAUGGCUCACAACAUGGACCGCAUCCAAGCAAACCGCAAGAGCUUACAAGAGGAGUGGCGUGGGAGUGUUUGGAAACACCUACAUCUGGAUGAUAUGGAUGGAAAUUUUAGUAUGCCUGACAUUUAGCAUAAUAUGUUGGCUACACCUCAAAGGCCUCAUACCACCGAGUUUCGGAUUUUACUUUUGCAUUCUUACUCUAUGGGCACUUCAAGUUCAGUUUCUCCUUCAAAUUAUCAUCAACCGUUGCGCCAUCCUUGUCAGGAACCCGAAGCUUGUCUGGCGCCUCAAGGUCGGCGUCGCUACCGUGAUUACGGCCAUCAACAUUUCCGUAUACACAAUCUGGAUUCCCGCCCGCUUACAGAUCUCGGAAGAGUACAUCUCAAUAAACAACUGGUGGGACCGCUGUGAGAAAGGCCUGUAUCUCGUCAUCGAUGCCGCCCUCAACAUCUACUUCAUCAGCAUUGUAUCCAGGAACUUGGUGCACAAUGGCCUUGGAAAGUACAAGGCUCUAUCUCAAUUCAACAUGUUCAUCAUCGGCUUCUCAUUGGCCAUGGAUGUGCUCAUCAUAGCCAUGAUGAGCCUAGAGAACACUUUUGUAUACAUGCAAUUUCACCCGUUGGCGUAUAUCGUCAAACUCAACAUCGAAAUGUCCAUGGCCGAACUGAUCGUCAAGGUCGCCAAGGCGCGCAACCAAGCCAACAUAGACGCUGAUGGACCGGUACUUGAGAACGACAUUGGCCAUAGCUCGGAACAGACCAAGUCGAGAUCCAGGGUCGGGGCUACUGCCCUGAGCAAGAGAGACAGAUGGUCGGGCGACAGAUAUGGAAUUUCAGAAGCCAGAGCCAACGGCAUCGAGCUAGCCGACAUCGCGAGAAGUGGCAGCGAUUCGAUAGCGCCAGAGGACGAGAGGGAGGGCGACAGAAACAUUUACACCACACAUGAAGUGCAUGUCGAGUUCGAGAAGGCAUCUCAGAAAUCAGAGAACAGCGCUUCCCCCAGUUUCUACGAAGGAAAUGGGCCAAAGCGAGAUGAGGAGGACACGAGGCCACUCAACGCGGGCAAGGGAGGUACUGUCCAUGUACGACUCAACAGAGGCAACCAGCCUUCUAUGUAA